AUGAAGCUGUUAUCACGUAGCUAUGUGUGGUGGCCCGGUAUAGAACAAGGUAUUGAAGAAACAGUGUCUUCUUGUUAUAUUUGUCAGUGUACGAGGAAUGCAGCUCCAAAAGUCCCUCUCCAACAGUGGCCCCGUGUGUAUGGCAGAUGGCAACGGGUGCACAUAGAUUUCGCUGAAGAUACUAAUUCUAGGCAACAAAUGUUAGUACUAGUAGACAGUUUUUCCAAGUGGAUCGAGGUGUUUGUUAUGAAAUCUACUAGUUCUCUCAAGACCAUUGAGCGUCUCCGUUCACUUUUUGCAUCGUAUGGGCUUCCGGACACUCUAGUAUCUGAUAAUGGCCCUUCUUUUACAAGUUUUGAGUUCAAAGAAUUCUUAAAGAAGAAUGGAUUAAGGUUUGUCUUAUCACCUCCUUAUCAUCCUGCGUCAAAUGGUGCGGCCGAGCGGUGCGUUCAAGAAGUGAAGAAGAACCUGUUGAGACAGGUGUUGAGUGAAGGUGGUACUGGUUCUCUGACUUUGCAACAUAAACUUGAUAACUUCCUAAUGACAUACAGAAAUACACCUAACACUGUAACAGGACUUACCCCGGCAGAAUUGUUUCUCAACUGGAAACCUAAAACUAGGCUUGCACUUCUCAAACCUAACCUCAACGCUCGUAUUGACACGAACCUGGACAGACAGAAGGAGAGUUCGGAUAGGCAUAGGGGAAGGGCAAGGUCCUUUGAAGUUGGAGAGAAAGUGUUCGUCAAAACUGUCAGGCAGGAGAAAAUUGAUUGGGUACCUGGAAAAGUUCUGGAAGUAAAAAGUUCUGUAAUAUAUCUUGUUAGUGUAUUGGGAAAAGUUAGGCGUUGCCAUGCUGACCACCUCAGGUCUAGAGUGAACAUGGAAGAGGAGGGGAUAGCAGUGCCAAGUUGUGAGCCAAGGUCUCCCAUGAAACCAGUACUUCCUGAGCGAGGAGAAACUUCAGAGGACAAGGAGAGGCAGCAAGUUUCGCCCAGGCGGCAAUCUCCAUUGAAGGACUCUGAGACUGCAGCGGUCCAGCCAAGACAUGAAGACUCACCUGCGGUAGUGCAGUGCAGCCCGCCCAAUCUUAGAAGGUCAAAAAGGACAAUUCAAAAGCCUGAAAAGCUAGACCUUUAA